GGGGCGAAUUCCUGUGCUCUGUUCAUCAGGCCCCAGGUGCAAGCGCGGAAGGGUUUUCUCUUUGGCGACUGCAAAGGGCAACGGAAGAAAUGACAAUGAUCCCGGGAAGGGCGGCAGAGGGGUUUCAAGGGGCCAGGGAGUGAGUGAAAGAAGACGGCUUGAAUCUUAACUGCAAAAAUGCAGAUGUUGAUGCCUGAACCUCAAAUCUAUGUUGAAAGAACUCUAGCAAUCAUUAAGCCAGAUAUCAUCAGCAAAGAAGUAGAAAUAGAAGAUAUCAUUCUCAGAUCGGGAUUCACCAUUACUCAGAAACGGAAGCUCCAAUUAAGUCCAGAGCAGUGCAGCAACUUCUAUGUGGAACAAUAUGGGAAAAUGUUUUUUCCAAACUUAACGUCUUAUAUGAGUUCUGGGCCUUUAAUUGCAAUGGUUCUCGCUCGGCAUCAAGCUAUCUCCUAUUGGAAGGACCUGCUUGGACCUUCAAGUAGCUUAGUAGCUAGGGAAAGAUAUCCUGACAGUUUAAGAGCAAUCUAUGGGACAGAUGAUCUGAGGAAUGGACUUCAUGGCAGUGCCAACUUUGCUGCAGCAGAGAGGGAAAUCCGAUUCAUGUUUCCUGAAGUCAUCAUUGAACCAAUUCCUGUUGGGCAAGCUGCUAAGGAUUACCUGAACCUUUAUGUCACUCCUACCCUGCUGAAAGGACUUACAGAACUGUGUAAGAAGAAGCCAGCAGAUCCUUUUAUUUGGCUGGCUGAUUGGUUAAUUGAACAUAAUCCCAACACACCCAAAAUGCGGCAUGCUGUGAUUGUGGAGGAGCCUUAAAGAAGACAGUGUUAAAAUUCUCUAAAAACAAUGAAAAAACAUGUUUUUGCUAUUGUCUCUUGAUUUUUAACAAAUGUUAAUAUGCAAUAAGUAAUAGUUCAAAAUCUGUUGUAAGCAGAGAAGCAGGAUGUUGUGAAGUAUGCAGACUUAAGUAGCAGCAUUUGAACUUGAUGUUUAAAUUAUUAAAGAACUAUUAGUUGUAACUCAUUAAUGAUCAACAAAGAUUUAAAGAAGCUUUGAAGUUUGAUGACCAGACCCAUUACCUCAGUAGGAUUUCUGUAGGUACUGAUUUACCUGAUUCAGUAACUGAUUCAGCAGUUGAUUCAAAAGUGUGGGUUAUGUUUGUUUGUUUGUUUGUUUUUUGCUACUUGGGACUAGCAAUUGGAACCAGAUCCUUGUUUUGGUUUUUCCAGACUUGUCACCUGCUUUUGAACCCAUAUGUCAAAAGAGUUAGAGAUGUUGUUCAGUGAUGGUAAUGGAAAUUCUAUGUUUUGAGAUUCAAAAACCAAAUGUGAGAUUUAAAAGGAAAUUUGACAUACUUAUGAAGAACAGGUCCAACAGCAACCAACUGUGAUCACAAAAUGAAAUAUCCCUGUUUAGAAUCAGUAUGUUGCACAAGAUUACUUGGUUGGACAAGGCAGGGGCUUUAUAUCUGGUCUGUGAAUAUUCUGAAGGCAUCUACUUAACCAUUGGAAAGGGAAGGAUACCAAAAUAGGUAGAUCUUUGCAACAGUUCCUCUGUUGAGUUCUAUUCUCAUGGAGUAAUAUCAGUGGAAAAUUCAAUCUGCUUUCCAAUCACCUAAAAUGACUGUUUUUCUAAGGAGAUAAUAGCAUGGCUUACUGCUUUCUUGGCACUUGUCUACUAAGAAUUCUUGUUUUCUUUAACAUAGAACAACCAUGCCAUCUACCAACUUUAUUUCUAAAUAAAAUGUUCCUUCCUACACGCUCUGUAAGAGCAUAUAUUUCAAUAAAGAACAGCAGAAAAUUC